GCCUCUCAUCUCUCACUCACCCUCUCUAUUUCUCAGCCUCUGCCUCGAAUAUUCAGGCAGAAAGAGAAGGGGGGAGAGAGAGAGAAUGGUGGGUAACUCCAAUAGAGUGGAGGAUUUCACCUCCAUUCCUGUGUUUGACGAAGCAGUAGCAGCAGCAGCAGCAACCUUUCCUGUACCGAUGCCUGCCUCCUCGCCCUCCACAGAUCCCCACAAAGUGUGCCUCCCCCUUUCCCAGACGGCCUUCCAGAGGCUGAGGCAUGGCUUCUCGGAGACAUUCUUCCCCGAUGAUCCCUUCCAUCAGUUCAAGAACCAGAGCAGGCUGAGGAAGGCGGUUCUGGCUCUCCAGUACUUCUUCCCAAUCCUUCAAUGGGCACCCACCUACAGCCUCUCCCUUUUCAAGUCUGAUAUCGUCUCAGGCCUCACUAUUGCUAGCUUGGCAAUUCCUCAGGGGAUCAGCUAUGCGAAGCUUGCAAAUUUGCCUCCUAUAAUUGGACUCUAUUCGAGCUUCGUGCCACCAUUGAUUUACGCAGUGCUGGGAAGCUCCAGGGAUCUGGCAGUGGGGCCGGUGUCGAUCGCGUCACUGGUGAUGGGGUCCAUGCUCAGGGAGGCGGUUUCCCCAACCCACCAGCCGCUGCUCUUCCUCCAGUUGGCCUUCACCGCCACCUUCUUUGCCGGCAUCUUCCAGGCAUCCUUGGGCUUUCUCAGGCUGGGGUUCAUAGUGGAUUUCUUGUCGAGGCCAACACUAGUGGGGUUCAUGGCAGGGGCAGCCAUCAUCGUUUCCCUUCAACAGCUCAAGGGUCUGCUUGGAAUUGUUCAUUUCGCCCCGCAGAUGAACAUUGUCCCGGUCGUCCAAUCCGUCGUCAAGCGGAGAGAUGAGUGGGAGUGGCAAACUAUCCUUAUGGGUGCCUGCUUUCUGCUCCUCUUGCUAACUGCAAGGCAUAUUAGCUUGAGAAAGCCAAAGCUGUUCUGGGUGUCAGCAGCAGCCCCUUUAGCCUCUGUGGUCUCAUCAACCUUGUUGGUUUUCAUUUUCAAAGCUCAGAAUCAUGGAAUACAGAUAAUUGGACAUUUGGAUGAGGGGUUAAAUCCACCUUCAGCGAAUUUGCUUUACUUCCGGGGUCCGCUACUUGGUCUUGCAAUAAAAACAGGCAUUGUUACCGGCAUACUGUCUCUCACUGAAGGAAUUGCUGUUGGAAGAACUUUUGCUUCCUUGAAGAAAUAUCACAUUGAUGGAAACAAAGAGAUGAUGGCUAUAGGGCUGAUGAACAUGGCUGGUUCUUGCUGUUCAUGCUACGUUACUACAGGAUCCUUUUCUCGUUCAGCUGUGAACUACAAUUCCGGAUCUAAAACAGCAGUUUCAAAUAUAGUUAUGGCAUCAACAGUCUUGGUCACUCUGCUGUUCCUCAUGCCACUCUUUUACUACACACCAAACUUGAUCUUGGCAGGAAUCAUAAUCACAGCAGUGAUUGGACUGAUCGACUUCAGGACAAUGGGCCGCCUAUGGAAGGUCGACAAGCUUGAUUUCUUGGCUUGCAUGACUGCAUUUCUUGGUGUGCUCUUCUUCUCAGUUCAGGGCGGUCUCAGCCUAGCAGUCGGAAUAUCAGUGUUCAAGAUCCUGUUGCAUGUAACGAGACCCAACACAGCCACUCUAGGGAACGUGCCAGGCACAAAGAUCUACCGUAACUUCAUGCAAUACCCUGAAGCUAAGAGAAUUCCGUCAUGCCUCAUCGUCGGAAUCGAAUCACCGAUUUAUUUUGCUAAUGCCAAUUACUUGCACGAGAGGGUUUUGAGGUGGGUGCGCGAAGAACAAGAGCGAAUUAAAGCAAGGAGGGAGAACAUUCUCAAGUACUUGAUCCUGGAGAUGACAGCCGUAACAGCUAUUGACACUAGCGGCCUUGGCAUGCUAACAGAACUGAAAAGGACACUAGAGAACCAAUCAAUAACUCUACUGCUAGUGAAUCCCAUUGGAGAAGUGAUGGAGAAACUGCAGGAUUCAGAUUCAUUGGCAGCAAUUGGGUCAGACUGCCUGUACCUAACUGUAGAUGAGGCAAUUUUGUCCAUUGCGCUGAAAGUACAGCUACAGCCAUGAUUAAUCAAGUAUUACCAGCCAUAAAGCCUAGAUUUAGCAUGGAAAGCCGAGUGUUAGGUUUCACUGAGAACUCCAGCUCUGCUUAUUCUAGGUAACAAGAAUUUUGCAAUCGGAUUCAUGUACAAGCCACUUUUUGUGCUCUUCCUAGAGUUUUUGCCUAUGCAGAGUCAAAUAUGUGGGAUCUGCACUUUUGAAAGGACAUAUUUGCGUGUGAAGGCUUCAGGCCCAAUGGGAGAAACCAUAAGUAGUAGCAACCAUGGAUCAAUAAUCAACUGUAAAUCAGAUACAAUAAAUUUUGUUCAA